UGCUGUAAUGGCCGCCGUCUGGCGUUGUCGGUGAAUUGUCUAUCGUCUUUAUAGAAUUAAAUAAAAGUGGGAGAUACCGCUUUAUCACUUUACGUAAAUCCAGUUCUAUUCAACAUUUACCGAAAGUGGAAAGUGUCCGCUAGUUGUGUAUUAAAAAAUCUUACGGUGUUUAUAACGAAAAAUAAAUUCCGACUUUAAACUUCGUUGUAAUUCAUCGGAACAGAAGUUCAUUUAUUUCUGUUUAUCUCAAUUCACAGUGACUGUUGUGUAAACUCCAGUGAAAAAAAAAAAGUUUAAAAUUUUUCGUUUUUAAAUCAUCUCUGCUGUGCUUUAUAAUUUAUAUAUAUAAAAAAAAAAUGUGUAUACAAAAAUAUUCAAUGUUACCAGUUCGUUAUUGAAAUUUCUAUAGUAAUAUUAGUUUCGAUUUUUGGAUGGUAAACAAAAGUGACAGGAGAAGAGAGAGAGAUUUCUUUUUACUAUUAUCGUAUCUAAUUUUUUGGAUGUGCUUCAAAAACGUCAAUUAAAUAGAAAUCUUCAUUGGAUUAAGUAAAUGACAAGUGUUUCCUUUAACAGAGUUUCAAGAAGAUUUUUAAUAAUCUAAAAAUAUGAAGAUUCAAGAUGUGCCAAAUUUAGUGUCAAAUUCCUGAUAAUUUUUUUCCCUUAAUAAUAAUAAUGAAAUCAAGAAUAGAUUAGCCAAAGAACAAUAAUAAAUAUCUUCCAAAAGUCUAAAAGAGUGCACUUAGAAUGAUACUCAUUCCAAGGAUCUCACUGCCAAAACUUUCACCAAUUUCCGAACAAAACUUAGAAAAUCAUCAUUUAAUAAUAAAAAUCAGAUCAAAUAAUCGACGAAUUGUGUGAUUAUUAUUAUUAAUUUUUUUUUUUUUUUUUUUUUUUUUUUUUUUUUCGGGGAAAAUUGAGCAUGUUUGGUAAAGUGCCUCCAUCGAAUACACCAGGUCCACCCAUUGUUGUAUCAUCAAAAAAAUUGGGUAAAUCAUCUGAGGACGGACCUGCAAUUGACAUUGAUGACAACAAGUCAUCCUGGAAAUUAAAAAAUCCAGAGACAAUUAUUAAGGAUUUAUCGUGUGAUAUUCAGCCUUCCAAUAAUUUAUCAGAAAUUUCAAGAUUCUAUAAAACAGAAACAAUGUGUUUAAAAAAUUCUCCAGCGUGUGCCAACGCAAAAACUCCCUCCAAAGAGUCGAGAAAAAAUUUAUCUAAUCCAAAACUUGGCUCCUCAUUAAAUAUUGUUCACAGAUGUUCCUCAAAUCCAAAUUGUCCUAGUGUAUCAAACAAUGGUGCUUCCAAAUCGUCCAAAACUUCCUCUUUCUCAAAUUUGGCAUGCCUAAAUCAUAAUAAUGAAACGGUAUCCAAAAUUGUCAGAAAGUCAUCGAUGCCAAACCGUGAAUACUCCGAUGAUGAUGAUGAUGAUGAUGAUGAUGAGGAUAUAUUGAGAAUUAGCGAUAAUCAAUUAGUUAAUAGAGAUCAAUCAAGAAUUGUUCCACCUCCAGUUGCCAAGUCAACACCCAAUAAUAGAUCUUCCGAAAUUGAUUCGCCUGAUGGUCUUCUAAAUAUCGAAAACAUUCAACAAGUAUCUCGUGAUCUUUCCACAAUAUUAUCACCAGUUAUACGCUCUGAUGUUAAUACAACAGAAUCACGACGUAAUAAAAUAAAAUCAACACUUCCAAAUAAUAGUAGUAGUAGUAGUAUUUGUUCGGGAAAAAUUGAUUUCACAACAUUGACAUCAUCGAAAAUGUCCGAUAUUGAUAAUAGAAAAAAUUGUACGAAUUUUACACGUGAAUUACCAACUGAAUUACAAUCAAGUCCAAGAAGUUAUAAGGAUCGUGAAAAAUGUCGCGAUCCAUGGCGACCAACCGAAAUGGAAGGAACAAUAACAAAUUUAAAUAUUUAUUCAGCUGAUGCAUCACAGGAAUCUGGAACUAAAAGAAGAACUGGAGCAUCAUGUCAAGCAUUGAGGCAUGCUGUUGCAUCUUUAAAUCGUCUCGAUGAUUUCUACAUGGAGAAAAUUGGCUCUGGAUUCUUCUCUGAAGUAUUUAAGGUCACCCACAAAGUAACUAGUCAGGUGAUGGUCCUGAAAAUGAACCAACUUCCGGCCAACAGACCUAACAUGCUCAAGGAGGUCCAGCUGAUGAAUAAACUCAGUCACCCAAAUAUUCUAAGAUUUAUGGGAGUUUGCGUCCACGAGGGUCAAUUGCACGCCCUUACAGAAUACAUUAAUGGAGGAAGUUUAGAGCAGCUGAUAAUGUCAAAACAAAUACGAUUGCCACAUUUAAUAAGAAUGAAUUUGGCACGCGAUGUAGCGCGAGGGAUGUCCUAUUUACAUAGUCGAGGAAUUUUUCAUCGUGAUUUAACAUCGAAAAAUGUUCUUAUAAAAAAAGAUGAAAAUUCCGGUGAUAUGAGUGCUGUUGUUGGGGAUUUUGGUUUAGCAGCUAAAAUUCCCGAUCCAAAUUCUGGCUAUCGAUUGAGCACUGUUGGCAGUCCAUAUUGGAUGUCACCAGAAUGUCUCAAGGGUCAAUGGUACGAUCAUCGUUCCGAUAUAUUUUCAUUUGGAAUUGUUGUCUGUGAAUUAAUCGGUCGAGUGCCCGCUGAUCCUGAUGUUUUACCACGCUCGGAUAAUUUUGGUCUCGAUUAUUUAGCAGUCGCUGAAAUUUGUGCAGCUGCCGAUCCACCACCUGCCUUUUUACAACUAGCCUUCCAUUGUUGCACGUAUGAACCAAAAUCACGACCAACAUUUCCGGAGAUUGUAUCGACACUGGAUAAUUUAGUUGCAAAUUACGAGGAGGAGAGUAAGGGAAAUAAAACUGAUUCUGGUUUAAUGUCAAGUGUUGAGGAAAUUGUACGUGAGGGACGAUCAAUGAAAAGAAGAGCGGUGAGAUUAAGAAGUCAUUCGGCGGAUGCUAGGGGUUGUGAUAAUGCAACGCCUUCCGAUAAGGCGAGAUGUCAUUUAACGAGAAGAGUCGCUGAACUUGCGAGUAGAAGAGAUCCACAUUAUAGACCAAUGACUGCAAAUCCAUUUCAUGCAUUGGGUGGUGUUAAGAAAAUACUUGGUGAUUUAUUUUCAAGUUGUUUGGAGCUACCUAGUUUGGAGGAUGUACGACCAAGUUGUACCGAUGGUGUCAAUUCUUCUAAAUUUAAACCCGCUCAAAAUGACAGCAUUGCAAAAAUUCUCGAGAGAAAGAAACCAAGCUCCGAGCCGAGUAGUCCAACAGCUAGAAAAAAAUGGGAAAAAAAGGUUGCUACAAAAGUCGGCGCUGCUUGUCUAUUUGCACAUCCACUAUUCAGAGAUGGAUGGGAACCAAGACGACGUGGAAGUUGUGAAUCAGGUUUUUGGAGUUGCGUUGGCGAAGAUUUAAGUCCAGAGCCACCAAAUCGACGACAUGCAUCAACAUUAAGUAGUUCAGCAGCAAGUAGUUUAUUUCUUCUCGAUGAUCAUAGAACAAGUUCAAUUUACACUGAUUCCUCGGAGGAUAUUGCAAGUUUAGGUGGUGGUGAUUCAUGUUGGGAGGAUAGAUUAAGUGGUAUUGGAUCGACAAGUAAAACAAUAUCAAAAAUUGUCGAAUAUUUCGAGAGAAAACAAUCGACUGGAGGUAGUUUAAAAUUAAGUGAUCAUGGAUUCGAUGUGGGUCCUAAUCGAAUGGCUUUAUUGCGAGCGAGCUUAGAGGGAUCAAUGCCUUUUUGCAAUAUUUCGGCGGCUCAACGACUUGUUGUUUGUGAAGGCGCUGUUAGAAGUAAAUUGCCUCUUUUUGAUAAAAAAUUAUGAAACAGAUUUUUCGAUGCUUUGUAAUUUUUUUUUUUUUUUUUUUUUAAACAGUAAUAUAGCCAAUUGAUCAUUACAGUAAUUGAUUACAACUAGUGAUAAAUUUAAAAAAAAAUCGAUACUAGUGUAAAAAAUUACUGUUAGUUGAUAAAAAUUUUAUUCAUUACCAAAAAAAAAAAAAAAAAAUGAGCCUGUUACGCAUAAAAGGAAAGUAAAAAAAAAAUGCUCAUAAAUUUAAUUGACUGUGAUGUUACUUUUUUACGACUCAAACGUAUUUCUUGAAUUAAAUUCCAAAUGUGAAUUUAUUUAUUAACAAUGGGGAUAUAUAGAACUUUUAUGCGCAACAUGCAAGUGAUCUGCAGCA